GAACAAUGUUCUUCUGUGUCAGUUCCCUCCAUCUCCCAGCCCAGCUGCACUCCUUUUGAUCAUUCACAUUUCCUCCAAAUGCAUGUUGUCAUUAAUUAAUCGAGUGUCUCAUGGAAAGCGAGGUGGGGGAGAUGGGCAGACAACAGCUAUAGCUACACCAUUAAAAUACAAACCAAGUCUGCUGAGUUUACUGAAUGCGAGUGCUGAAGUGACUAAUAAGCUUUUUUACAGUUAAUGUUUUCCUCUGAGGACAGACCCAGGACCAGAGAUGGAGGGCAUGCAUUUUGAGGAUGAGAAGACCAAGAGGUACUGCAUGAAGACAAAGCAUGUGGCUAUCAUCUGUGGCGUCGUGGUCAUUGUAGGUCUUGCCGUGGGGCUUGGCGUGGGAUUGAGCAGACCUAAAUCUCAACAACAUUCAGGGGAAACAGAUCAGCCAACAAACCCUCCUCCCUCAGCGGACUUGAGUCCCUGUCCUUCUAGAAAUGAUGAGACUGGUGACUGGACCAAUUUUAGACUGCCCACUUAUGUCAAGCCUAUCCACUAUGAUCUGGAAAUGAAGCCUGAAAUGGAGACAGACACUUACACUGGGACAGUCAGUAUUUCCAUUGCUUUGGAAAAAUCUACCAGCUACCUGUGGCUCCACCUGCGAGAGACCAAGAUUACAGAAAUGCCAACACUCCAGAAAUCUUCAGGACAGCAAAUUGCUGUGAAUGACUGCUUUGGUUACGAGCCACAAGAAUACAUAGUGAUGAAGGCAGAAACAGAGCUCUCUGUCACUGAUGAAAGUGAUCCCUAUAUACUCACCCUGAAGUUUCAAGGCUGGCUGAAUGGUUCCCUGGUUGGGUUUUAUAGGACCACCUACACUGAGAACGGACUUAUCAAGAGCAUUGCAGCUACAGAUCAUGAACCAACAGAUGCACGGAAAUCUUUUCCUUGCUUUGAUGAGCCCAACAAAAAGGCGACUUACAACAUAUCUAUCAUCCAUCAAGACACAUACCAAGCACUAUCAAACAUGCCAGUACAGCAAACUGUACAGCUGGGCAAUAACUGGAAUCGGACAACUUUUGAAAAAUCAGUUCCCAUGAGCACAUACUUGGUAUGCUUUGCGGUGCAUCAGUUUCAGUGGAUAGAAAAAACAUCUGCUAGUGGAAAACCUCUGAGAGUUUAUGCCCAGCCACUGCAAAUACACACAGCAGAAUAUGCAGCAAAUGUAACAAAAACUGUAUUCGACUUCUUUGAAGAGUACUUUAAUGUGAGCUAUUCUCUUCCAAAACUAGAUAAAAUAGCUAUUCCAGAUUUCGGGACAGGUGCUAUGGAGAACUGGGGGCUGAUCACAUACAGAGAAACAAACCUGCUGUAUGAUCCCAAUGAGUCAGCCACUUCCAACAAACAGAGAGUAGCUGCUGUGAUAGCCCAUGAGCUUGUUCAUCAGUGGUUUGGAAAUAUUGUGACCAUGGAUUGGUGGGAUGACUUGUGGUUAAACGAAGGAUUUGCCAGUUAUUUCGAGUUCCUGGGAGUAAAUGCCGCAGAACCAGAUUGGCAAAUGCUUGAACAGGUUUUAAUUGAUGAUGUGCUUCCUGUAAUGAUGGAUGACUCUUUGCAGUCUUCCCAUCCAAUUGUGGUGGAUGUGUCAUCUACAGCUGAAAUCACGUCUGUGUUUGAUGGGAUAUCCUACAGUAAGGGUGCAUCAAUCCUCAGAAUGCUUCAAGACUUAAUGACACCAGACCUCUUCCAGAAAGGCUGUCAGAUAUAUUUGAAAAAACACCAUUUCCAGAAUGCCAAGACAGAUCAAUUUUGGGAAGCUCUGGAAGAGGCAAGUGACAUACCUGUGAAAGAAGUCAUGGACACAUGGACUAGGCAGAUGGGCUACCCUGUUUUGGAGAUGGGAACUAAUUCAGUAUUCACACAAAAACGUUUUCUCUUGGAUCCCAAUGCAGAUGCUUCUUACCCUCCUUCUGAUCUUGGUUACAAAUGGAAUAUACCAGUGAAAUGGAGACUUGGAAGUUCAACAAACUAUACUUUCUACAACCUAUCAGAUUCUGCAGGAAUUGCAAUACCAUCACCUCCCAAUUCUUUUGUGAAUAUUAAUCCAGACCACAUUGGAUUCUAUCGGGUGAAUUAUAAUAGUCAUAACUGGGCCAGUUUAAGCACUCUUCUGGCCAGCAACCACAAAAACUUUUCAGCUGCUGACCGUGCAGGGAUUUUGGAUGAUGUCUUUUCUUUGGCAAGAUCUGGACUAGUGAAUUACUCUGUUCCUCUGGAGCUCACAAAAUACCUAAUAAAUGAAACAGACUAUUUACCAUGGCAUAGACUUAUAUCAUCUGUAACUUAUCUCACAAACAUGCUUGGAGACGACACAAAUCUCUACCCCCGGUUUCAGGAAUAUUUCCGCCACCUGGUAAAACCUGUUGUGGAUCAACUGCACUGGAAUGAUGUUGGAGGUCAUUUGGAGAGGCUCCUUCGUACGUCUGUUCUAGACUUUGCCUGCAGUAUGGGUGACACAGAAUCUUUGAACAAUGCUUCUCAACUAUUUGAUCAAUGGCUACAAGGACAAAUUAUUCCUGCAAAUCUCCGACUCCUAGUAUACCGGUAUGGGAUGCAGAACUCAGGCAAUGAGACAUCGUGGAAUUACAUGUUUGAGAAAUACCAAGAAACUACAUUAGCUCAAGAAAAAGAAAAGCUGCUCUAUGGCCUGGCAUCAGUAAAGAACAUCACCCUUUUGGACAGGUAUCUGAAAUAUAUUUACAACACCAGCCUCAUCAAAAGCCAAGAUGCAUUCACAGUCCUGAGAUACAUCUCAUAUAACACCUACGGGAAAACAAUGACCUGGGACUGGAUACGACUUAACUGGGAGUACUUAGUCGACAGAUUCACUAUCAAUGACAGAUACCUUGGUCGAAUAGUGACUAUCACCCAAACUUUCCACACUGAGCUCCAGCUUUGGCAGAUGGAAAAUUUCUUUGAGAAAUAUCCUAAUGCUGGGGCAGGAGAAUCACCCAGGAGUCAGUCAAUUGAACAGGUGAAGAACAACAUUGAAUGGCUAAAAGUAAACAAGGAGGAAAUACAAAUGUGGCUAGAAGAACAGCUAGGCCCUUAAAGUUUUACUCUGUUAAAAAUACCAGGCACUCAUUCUGGGCACUCAGAUCAUCAGAGAUAUUUAGCAAUGUGGGUUUCUCACUUAGGUACCUUAGAGGACCAAGGCGUAAUAUUUUUUCUACAAACACUUGGGAGACCACUGCCAGAGCAACAUUUCUGAAGUUGGUGAGCAGGAAUAGCUUUAUAUUCUGAGAGGUGAAUUUGCCUGAACAAACAAGACAAACAUUUAAAGUUACUCAAGGCAGAAGUGAUGGCAGAACUGGAGUACUCACUGAUCAAGCUGGUCUCACUCCUUCCUCACACCACUCUGAAAGCUACUUCUUGGUUGACACAGAACCAACAUAGUAAACUCAGGGAUUCCUUUCCACAUGAACCUCACAGGAGAUUUCUCCUGAAGGAAAGGGUAUUAAGCAGUAAUUUUAACAUUAUCUGAAAAUCAUCUCCUAUAUUCAUAGCUGUUAAAAAAUCUCCAUUUGGGAUUUAGCUUUGCAUUCUGAUACUACAGAAAGGCCAUUUAAGCUUCCCUCUCCAUUGAUUUUUGAAGUUUAACUGCUAGUGCAUAAGGGAUCAAUAUUAUCAGCUUCUUUUUCAAUAUUACUAGUUGGGAUUCUGUAGCUUGGAGGAGGGGUUGUCUUGGUUAUUUUUGUCUUAUUUCUAAAUCUUCUGAAAAGAAGAGCUUGUGGCAGCCGUUACUGCAAACAAGACAUAUGGUACUUACUGUCUCUUAUGUAAAAAAUAAAAUUUAAAACUCUACCUGGAAAUCUCAGUCUGUUUCUAAUAAAGUGCUAAAUCUGCCUGGCAUAUAGAAAAGCAGCUGUUGCAUAGCCCAGAUGUGCUGUACAUACACCUUCAGUGGCUUUUGAGAGGGAAUCUAUUAUCUCCUCUGAGAAAACACUAAAAGAAAUGUCAAAUUCAAGUAGAGGGGCAGAUGAGUCCCACUGCUGCAAUUCAGCCUACUACAGAAGUAUAGGCAGCAAAUAAACAACUCUUGGUCCCAAGUCCUUCUGCCACUAUGAUGCUGGAGAAGGCAAUGGGGCCACUGCCUGCCCUCCCAGGCUGAGAGAUGGGAUGUCUUGAAGCUACCAGGUUUCCAUGCACUGUGUCCUGACACUGUACAAGAAGCAAACAUGAGCAUCAGCCCCAUCAUCCUUACCUUCUCCCAGGUCUUGUAGGGGAAAAGGCGCAGCAGAAGGGAGCCAGUCCUGCUCCAGAUGCCCUGGGAGCAGGACCACCGAGCAUCUCACAGCAGGUAGCCCUGGGAGAGAUUAGGCACAGCUGUUGGGAAAUUCUGCAGCUAGAUGAGAGGACAGAAGCAUGGAAAAGCACUUUCCUUCUUUCUGCAAUGCUAUUCAAAGAGAAAGCUAGAGACAUUGAGGAGAUGGCUCUAAUGUACAGAAUUCCCAGGGUACAGGCUCUGCCUGCCUCUGGACCUUGAUACAGCACAGAGAAGCUUAUAAAGUUCCAGAUGGAAACACUUUACCCUGUUCUCCCAAGAGAUUCAGGGCUGGAACUGUUUUGGACCUCUCCCUAGACACCCAAACAGCUGCAACAAGCCCAGACAAAUCUGGUGACCAAGUCAGAUGUUCUGUUUUGGGCUAUAUUUUGUAUUUCUGCUGGAAACAGUUUUGAUAAUUCAGGGAUGUUUUCCUUACAGUGAGCAGGCUGGGGAUGCACAAAAAGUUGGGAGGGGACACAUUUGGUACAGCUGACCCCAACUGACCCAAGAGAUAUUCCAUACCAUACAACAUCAUAAAAGCUGAGGGGAAAAGAAGGAAGAGGGGGGUGUCAUUUGGAAUUACAGGGUUUUGUCUUCCCAUAUAACCAUUACAUGUGAUGUAGCCCUGCUUUCCUGGAGAUGACUGAACACCUGCCUGCCAAUGGGAAGUGGGAAUAAAUUCCUUGUUUUGUUUUG